AUGAUAGAUAAUGAUUUAAAUAAUCCACCACAGGUGCCUUCUACCUCUUUUUCUGUCAGAAACACUAGAACUGAAGUGACAAAAUGUCAGGAUCUAGAACUUCUGAAUGAAAACAGAAAAUUGAAAGAAAAAGUGCUUGAACAACAACGACUUAUUAAUCAGUUACGAGUACGUAUUAGUCGUAAUAAAGCAAAGACUAAAUAUACAAAAGAAACUCCAUCCAAAACAGAUAAAGAAAACCUUCAGAAUGCCAUAGUAACAGAUGUAGUUAAGAAGAAGCUGCAUUUUGGAGAGGUGUUGUAUGAAGAUGCAUUUUGCAUAAGGAGGUUUAUUAGUCUUUCACAAGAAUUCGUUCCAAAUGGUACUACUCUCAACGAAAAGAAAGACACCAAACCAGAUGGCGAACCGCUUUCUAUCGCAAAACGCAGCGCAGAAGAAACUGAAGCAGCACAUGACCUUCUUUCCCUAUCCCAAAGCCUGCCACCCUUACCUGCACCGAGUGUGGUGAUGAUACAUCACACGGUUCCUACCGAAGUAGAUUCUUCAAGUCCAACGCAUUGUUAUCGCCCUCUAACUCCAGAAUUGGCCAUGCGUCAAAAGAAGCAAGAAGCUUCUGAAAAGAGACAAGUAUCUGUGAUACAACAUGCGCCAGUAUCUCAAACCACACAGCCUGUGAUCGUACCGCAACAAGUCGUACUACCGUGCUACACCACUUCUCCUAUAGUAUAUGUAGUGCAAGUACCAGCAGCGGUUCCUACUCCACCCACCUCCGAAUGUUCUUCAGAUGUCGAAAACGUUCAACUAUGUACUGUGGAAAGGCUGCAUCAUGACGUUACGAUGCAUGAAACAAAUGACGAUAUUAUCAUUCUUCCAUUAUCUCCUGAACCUGAUAACAUUGAAUUAGUUUCGGUACAGCAGAGGUUGCAAAAUUCGUCUGUUAACUCACCUCUGAACAUUCCAGAUAGAAGAAAAAGGAGGAAUAAGAGGAACAAGAGUAAUAGAAAUUCAAUCAACCAUGAAGGCGAUGAAAAUAGUAUGGACUUUGAUAAAGAGCAGCUUAUCCAGAGUUCAAAUACGAAAAUAGAGUCCGAGACAAUUGCCGCCGACUUAAUCCCAGGCAGACUAAUGAAAGGCUCUACUUCUAAAAUAGCUAUAGCUUCUGGUUGA